AUGAAUACCCUCAUAGCGCCUGGUGACAAACUUGACAUAGCUGAUAAAGAGAAUGUGGUAAUAGGGCCAGGAGUGUAUUGCGAUCCAAGAACCCAAGAAAUACGUCCCGUGAACGCUGGGUUCGAAGUUAUUGGUAGCACCAAGAAAAACUUGUCCAUACGCGUGGACCACAACUCGAAACGAUACAUUCCCGCAGUCGGCGACCUGGUGGUCGGGCUGAUUACUGGUUCGUUUUCAGAUAGCUACCGUGUAUCUCUGGCCAGUUUUUCAUCUCCCGUUACGCUUUCUUAUAUGGCCUUUCCAAACGCUUCCAAAAAAAACAGGCCAUCUCUCAAGGUCGGAGAUUUGGUGUAUGCUAGGGUAUGCAAGGCAGACAAGGAGCUUGAGGCUGAAAUUGAAUGCGUAGAUUCUACCACAGGCAAAGAUGCGGGAUUCGGACUCUUGGAUGGAGGCAUGGUGGCUGAUGUCUCGCUUGCGUUCAGCAGAGAGUUAACUUUUAACAAUGAAUAUCCGCUGCUUACGUUACUUGCCAAAAAUGCGCAAUUUGAAAUUGCCAUAGGCAUCAAUGGCAAAGUAUGGAUAAAGUGUGACGACGUGAAAAGUACUUUAGCAUGCUACAGAUCUAUCAAUGAUUGUCAAAGCCACCCCUCUGCCGAACACAAAUUCAUCAUAUCUCAGCAUUUUAAAGCGGUAACAAAUUCGGUGCAGUGA